GCAAUCUGAAGCUCUAGUGAGAAACUCUGCACUCUGUGGAUCUCACAUUAUUCCAGAGAAUCUGACAAUCUGCUUUACAUACACACAAAAGGUAAAUUGGCUGACUUAAACUCAAAGGAGAGUUUUUCUUUUUUUGUUUUUGCUUAGAUUUUGUUCACCUGAAUAAUCAGCCCAUUCAAAGGGGGAUCUCUUGUCCCUCUGAGGACCCCAACGGCACCAAAAUUGUGGAGUCCUUCAAUGCAUGGAAUAACUCGGAAGCCAAUGCCUACACACUGAUGGACCUGCCUCUUAGAGCCCCAACAAAGAUGACAGUGCAAGAUGUUCCUGGUGCCCUUCCUACAGCGGAUGUCCCAGACCAUGCCCAUUAUACAAUUGGAAUAGUCAUUCUUAUAGUGGGGAUCACAGGAACUCUGGGUAAUUUCCUGGUCAUCUAUGCUUUCUGCAGGAGUAGCAGCCUUCAGACUCCAGCCAACAUAUUCAUCAUCAAUCUAGCUAUUAGUGACUUCCUGAUGUCCAUUACGCAGUCUCCAGUUUUUUUCACCAACAGCCUCCACAAACGCUGGAUUUUUGGUGAGAAAGGCUGUGAGCUGUAUGCCUUCUGCGGAGCUCUUUUUGGCAUUACAUCUAUGACCACUUUGAUGGUGAUUGCCUUGGACAGAUAUUUUGUUAUCACAAAACCUCUGGCUUCUGUUGGAGUGACGUCUAAGAAGAAGGCCCUAAUAAUCCUGGUAGGAGUCUGGCUGUACUCUUUGGCUUGGAGCCUCCCACCCUUCUUUGGAUGGAGUGCAUAUGUCCCCGAGGGUCUGCUGACUUCCUGUUCCUGGGACUACAUGACUUUCACACCAUCAGUCCGCGCCUACACGAUGCUGCUUUUCUGCUUCGUCUUUUUCAUUCCUUUGAUUGCUAUCAUAUACAGCUAUGUCUUUAUAUGGAAUGCCAAUAAGUCUAUUCAGACAUUUGGAUGCAAACAUGGAAGUAAAGAGUUCCAGAAACAGUAUCAGAGGAUGAAAAAUGAGUGGAAGAUGGCCAAAAUUGCACUGAUUGUCAUCUUGCUUUAUGUCAUUUCCUGGUCACCAUACUCUGUUGUUGCUCUGGUAGCUUUUGCUGGGUAUUCCCACGUCCUAACCCCCUUCAUGAACUCCAUACCAGCUGUGAUUGCCAAAGCUUCUGUCAUCCACAACCCCAUCAUUUAUGCCAUCACUCACCCCAAAUACAGAACAGCCAUUGCAACGUAUGUUCCUUGCCUUGGACCCCUGCUGAGAGUUUCUCCUAAGGACUCAUGGUCUUUCAGCAGUUAUCCCUCCUCCAGACGAGCGACGGUAACCAGCCAGUCUUCUGAAUUAAGUGGGCUGAAGAAAGGAAAAAGGCGACUGUCUUCUCUCUCUGACAGUGAAUCAGGCUGUACUGACACAGAAACUGAUAGCCCCAGUAUGUUCUCCAGACUUGCUAGCAGGCAGAUUUCCUAUGAAACGGGUAAAGACACAACUCAAACUAGUGACAUAAGAGCCAAACCUAAACUGAAGCGCCAUGAUUCUGGGAUCUGUGAGAAGACAGCUGUAGAUGCUGAUGACAUAUCCAUGGUGGAACUGAAUGUCACAGAGUACACUGCUACACUUACUCACCAAACAUCUAAAAAAUGCAACUUGGAGGAAAUCAAGAGAGGUGAGAGCCUGAAUGGUAUUGGACAAAGAAAAGGAGAGUCUCACCACGGACCAUCUGCAGCCCAGAUACCCAGCAUUACAAUAACAUACAGCAAUGUCCAAGGAGUAGAGCUGCCUUCUGGAUGCAACUCUGGUUUCCUGUACCCUAAGAUCAACAGCCACAAGCAGAACAAGAAGUCAAACAGCUAAGUGAGUGGUGCAAGCCAGAACGUCACCUUAGCCAAUACCUCUGGAACAACUAUGGACCAGCUGAAUCCAGAAUACCUUCCUACAUUGUUCUGAAAUGCUCCUACAAAGACACAACACAAGAUAAGCCAGGAUAAAAGCAAGGGGAGUAAGCUUUUCAGCACCAGAACUCUCUCCAGUGGU